AUUGAUAUAGAUUUGAUGAAUAAAGCCACAGCUGAAAAUGAGAAACUAAAGGCUUUGUUGAGUUCUCUAGAAACACAAAUUCAAGAAACAGAGAAAAAGUUUGAAGACAAAAGUGCACUAAGUGAGGAAAGACUAAAGAAAAUUCUUGAGGCAGAAUCAAAGAUUGCCGAGUCAGAGGCAAAAUUAAUUGAUCUAAAAACAUCAAUGCGAAGUCUUCAAGAAAAGUUGUCUAACAUGGAAUCUGAGAAUCAAGUACUACGACAGCAAGCUUUAAUGCUUGCAUCUGCCAAAAAUAUACCUUCUACCACAUCAAAACAAAAUAUGGAUAAUAUUUCCCACCAACUUAUGGAUCAUAAGGAUCUACCAAAUGCUCCUCCUCCUAUUAAGCACAUUGCCAAGACAGAUUCAAGGCUGAGGAGAUCUUAUGUUGACAGACAACAUGAGAAUGUUGACAUACUGAUCAAAUGUGUGGUUCAAAACAUUGGUUUUGAUGAAGGAAAGCCUGCAGCUGCAGUGACUAUAUACAAAUCUCUUCUUCACUGGAAAUUAUUUGAAGCAGAGAAAACGAGUGUUUUUGACCGUCUUAUUCAGAUGAUUGGUUCCGCAAUUGAGGAUGACCAGAGCAUCGAUCAUCCAGCUUACUGGUUAGUCUAA